CCUCGCUGACAUGUAGUUGAGGUUGAGGAAGCCCAAUAUACUCAACUGCAGUUCCUUCAAUUCCCCUUUCUUAACUACCUGACCAUCAUAUUAUGGAAACUCCCCAUUCUACUAUCAUCCCAGAAAAGCGGAAGCGUGGUCGGCCUCCAAAAUAUACCACAUCCAAAGGGAAGGCUAAGGUGGAUGUAGAGCAGAAGCGGGCGAGGCGGCAGGCAGUGGCCUCUGCGCAACGCGAUACGGCGCAUGCCAACUUCUACAACCCAGUAUUUCACUAAGAGUCAGGGGGAGGUGCUGGGUGGACGAAUACGAUAAUCGAU